AUGGAGGGAUUUAAUUCGAUAGUACCAACUCAAGGGAAUGAUGGCUCCAACACCUCCUUUAUUCCAUUUCCACCAUCGCAUGGAAAUGUUAGCUCUGGUAUGCCCUGCAACAAUGCAAGUGGUAGCUCUGUCCAAGGAGUUGCAGCUAUUGCAAGUGAGCCCAAAACUGAGAACCAGCAGGCCCCUCAAGGUCCUCGUGAACCAGAAUCCAACGUUGACCCCAAGAGGCUGAGAAGAAUUCUGGCAAGCAGGCAAUACUCGCAGAAAUAUCGACUCAAACAGCUUCAAUAUAUUCUGCAACUUGAAACUGAAGUGAAGGCUCUGCAGGCCGAAUUAGCGAUCAAUUCCCCUAGGAUUACAUAUAGUGAUCGCCAAAACUCACUUCUACGAGAAGAAAACAAUUCUAUGAAGCAAAAACUUGAUGCCUUCUCCAGUGAACUCAUGCUCAAAGAAGCUGAAUAUGAGGAUCUGAAGAAAGAAAGAGCAUUGCUGAUGAAGUUCUUUAGGAUUUAUCAACCAGAACUGCAAUUGCCAGAGAUGUUCGAAGCUAAUCAUCAACUGGCGAAUAUGGGCUUGAACCAACUUGAGAUCAAUGAUGAUUUCAUGGAACCUGGUGUGCCGCAGAUGCUGAACCAGAACCUGAACAAAUUUGGGGUUGGAGGGCCUUCUUACAACUUCAUGUAA